UCCAUUAGAGCACAGCGAUUCCCAGUUAGGAGAGAUUCUUAACUACGCACUGAAGUUGCUCUUUGUUAAGGUGAGCAUGGAUGCAGAUGCAGAACUGGAAGAAUCUGUCGGUAGCAAUUCGACAAUUCUCAGUGAAAUCAAGGAGAAUGAUGAUUUCAGUUCGUGUGAAUCUACUAUGCGUGAAGAGGCUUGGAGCACCAUGGCUGAUUCGUUGAAGAAACUGAGGAUGGUUGGUACUGCUGAUCAUAGAGGAUCCGCUAGAUUGGCGACAAGGAAAGGCAAAGGAUUGCCUUUGAAGAUGAACCAUCAGAAUUCUGGAGAAACAACAGCAGAUGUCGGUCAUGAUGGGCGCUGGAGAUACGCAAAUGCAAAAGCGAACAUGUUGCGUGGUGGAGCAGUACGUGAUGGUGAAAUCAAUCCGCUGAAAACCUUGAAUGGAAGAGAACUGAUCAGAAGCCGAGACAACCACUACAUCGAAAAGAAAUUUGUCAGACGUCAUGAACCAUAUACAUGGUCUAAGGUCCGUUCUGAGUCACAGCCCAACCAGCAAAAGAACUUCAUGGGGGUGACUAAACGUGAUCCCACUGACGGUGGAGCACCAAUCUUGUCAUCACCUAACCCAACACUUGGGAGUUUUUCAAAGAGAGAAAAAACCCUCAGCAUCCGGACCCGUAAGAUGGGAGUUGAUGGUCUAACCCAAAAAGCAGGUGCAGUGAAGGAACGGGACAUUUGAUGGAAUCACAAACGGAUUAUAAUCAAACAGAUUAUAAAUCUUUUUGCAUUCCUAAUGCUAAGUUUUUCAUCAAUUAGCAGAAUGCUACUCGAUACUUGCUAAGAAGGCGGUCAGACAUGUUGAAGCCAUAGUAUUCUGAGUGAGGAUUAUGUGACAAACCUAAGUUCAUUUAUUUAUUUUUAUUUUUGUAAUUUUUUUUCUUUAUUAAACUACUACUUUCAUGCUACUUUUUAAUUUUGGUAUUUCAUUUUCCAAACAAAUUACCUUGAACUAUCUGAUUCUUAGUUUCCAUUGAAUUAAUUUCACUCAUUACUCCACUUAGAAA